UUCUUGCAUUUUAGCUUGAAGACUGGAUUUUUGAAAUGGAAACCAGACUAUGAUAGUGCUGCAUCUGAAUAUGGAAAAGCAGGGCUUAUGAGCAAGCUGGCAUGAUGUUGAAGGAGAUGCAGAAACUUCCCGAGGCUGUUCAGCUGAUUGAGAAAGCCAGCAUGAUGUACUUGGAGAACGGUACUCCCGAUACAGCAGCCAUGGCAUUGGAGCGAGCUGGAAAGCUUGUAGAAAAUAUCGAUCCAGAAAAGGCUGUACAGUUGUAUCAACAGACAGCUAAUGUCUUUGAAAAUGAGGAACGCCUCCGGCAGGCAGUUGAACUACUGGGCAAAGCCUCAAGACUACUUGUACGUGGACGCAGAUUUGAUGAAGCUGCUGUCUCCAUUCAGAAGGAAAAGAAUAUUUAUAAAGAAAUUGAAAAUUAUCCAACUUGUUACAAGAAAACAAUCGCUCAAGUCUUAGUUCAUUUGCACAGAAAUGAUUAUGUGGCUGCAGAAAGGUGUGUCAGAGAGAGCUACAGCAUACCAGGGUUCAAUGGCAGUGAAGACUGUACUGCACUGGAACAGCUCCUCGAAGGGUAUGAUCAGCAAGACCAGGAUCAAGUGUCAGAGGUCUGCAACUCACCCCUCUUCAAAUACAUGGACAAUGACUAUGCUAAGCUGGGCUUGAGCUUGGUGGUUCCAGGAGGGGGAAUCAAAAAGAAGUCACCAGCAACACCCCAGGCCAAGCCUGAUGGUGUCACCAGUGCAGCUGUUGAGGAGGAGGAAGACGAAUAUUCUGGAGGACUAUGCUAGUGCUUUGAGUGCCUAGGAGAAGGGAAAAAUCCUGACACACCAUUUUCAUGGACCUGGGACUUGUGUAUGCUUAUCUACUUCACAGAGGAUGUGAUAUUGGUAAAGAUGGAUAAUUUUUAGUUAACAUUUUUCCUAAUCAGCCUACUGCCUGUGAAGCAUUUUUUUUGUUCGCAGUGUAAGAGCAAGAAUUAGCCAAAAAUGUGUUCACAUUAUAAUUCAGGUGAUUUUAAAUUUACAAGCCUAAUUCUAGACAAUAUUCUAAACAAAAAGGGCAUAGUCCUUAUGGUUUUUCUAAUUUAUUGUUAGGCCACUUUCUUUGCAUUUUUUAACAGUGCUGCUUUUAUUGUUAAAAAUAAUUAUGAUUUUUAAAAGUUGUUUUGAAAAGGAAAUUUACCUCAAUGAUAUCAUCCAUUUAAAUGACUAAGUCUUUCUCAGAGAUAAGAUUGAAAUAGUAGCUGUUUUGAACUCUUCAGUAUUUAGCCCAAUGAAACAUGCAUUUAGGCUGGUAUAUGUGACUACAAAAUUUUGAAGUUGCAUUUAAAAAUAAUACUUAAAUGUCUUCAGUCCUCUCGGAAGCAUGGGUAUUUUUUUCAUCUUAUAUAUAGUGAGUUUCUUCAAAUCUUCUUGGAGUAAUGGUUAUUGAUAAUCAGACCUUUCAUAUGAAUUCCAAAAAAACUAUUCUCAUCCACUGAGUAUAUCCAUAUUUCUUCCUCCAGAUAAUUUCUGACUCAUUUAAAGUUGCAACUAGACCUACUAUAAUGUAACAUGGGAAAUACUGUCUUAUACCAAAAAAUGGGCUGUGAAAGCAUUGCUGGUGAAAGGCAUGUAUUUAAAAUACUGAGUUGCCAGUGUUUUUAUACUUCAUUGUUAUUUCCUCACAGUUUAGUUGGAAGCAUUCCUUUCCCCUUGUCUUUGUUAGGCCCAUUUCAUAAGCUAAUAGGAAGAGUCUGGAAGCAGCAUUCCUCUGUGCCAUGCAGGCCAAGCCCGCCCUGUUACUUGUACCCUGCCUGUCUCUUUACAGUCAUCUUAUUGGAAUGUGGUACGCUUAGUUUCACUGAACAUAUCACAGUAUUUCUGAAAACACUAAAAUGAGCCUCAUAGUACUGGUGGUCCCAGCUCUGUGGGCAAGCUUACACAGAAAAGCAUCCUCUGCCAGGUGUGCUUGAAGAGCUUACUGUUACUGAUUUAUUGAGGGUCUGAUAGAAAAAUAUUAACAAAUUUUGUGUUUCCAUAGGUUACUUGCAUAAUGUGAAAGUAGCCAGCUCAUUUUCAUUGACUAUAUUAAUAUUAUGAAUAAUCUGAAUAAAGCUGUAUUUAGGCAUUUUUAUUGAAAGAAAUUAAUGCAUAAAAAAAUUCAUCAGCCAGAACCUUCUGUACUAGUUAGUCAUCUGUUUAAACAAAUUUGCUAGUACUCAAAAGAUUUGUUUUUUUUGGGG